AUGGGCAUAGAGCAAGUAAGCCACAUAGAUCUAGUAGAAACAGCUUAUCAACAAAUAGACAUGAAGGAUCAAUUCCUUUUGCUAAAAAUAGAACCAACUACUCCAUCGAAAGGGUCCGGACGUAAACCUUUUCCUUCAUCAUUUGUCUAA